UGUUAGAGGACCGCAUUACUCGACAUGGUCAAACAGCAGCAGCCCGAUGACUGUGUGAUGGCCAAGCGCCAAGACUGGUCGAACAAAAACUCUGGCGCAUAUCCGAGCGAAAAUUGUUAUUCGCAUCCUGUGCAGCCCAUAAGCACGAAAGGCCAACUAACUGGCCACGACCGUCAGAAUCUGCAGUUCUUGCCCGCACUCCGCCCGAGCGAGGGAGCUGACGACCCCCGAUGAGCCACGACUCUCACGCACGCCAGGACCCUGCGAGGGGGUGCACGAGACAAGCGAGGCCACGUGGGCACGGCCACCAGGAAUCGGCGGCUCCUCUGCACCCUCGACCUCGGCGACCACACCGUAGCACACGACGGGCCGACGAGGUGCCGACGGCGAGGGGGCUCUCGAGCCACGCGAAGGCUCUGGGCCGCCAUUGUCAGAAUCGCGAGCUGUGGCGCACCCUCUCAUCACCAAAUCGGGAAGAACCCUGGCGAACGCCUGCAGGCAACCGCGUGCAACGGCGCUCAUACUGUACAGCACACCUUCAGCCUGGAGAAGAAUCAUCUGCGAUGCAAGCUGCCCUCGAAUAUGUGCUGCGAUGCUGCUGUGCCCAGUCGGCGGAGUGCGCAGAGCGGUUGAUGCAGAACACGGCGGCGCACGCUCGAAUUGCAAAAGAGCAGACAGACGUCCAGCUGGGAUACAGUGAACCCGAGUCAACGCACCUCGUGCGUUUGUGUCCGAACGCGUCUGCUUCAGAUCACAGGACUGCUACAGCCAAGGUGCCAACACUCAACUGGCGCCCAGGGUUUGUCCAACCCAUAGACUGCCCCGAGAACCAGCAGAACUCUGGCCCCUCCACAAGGAGACCUGUGUAAACACAUAUGAAAAGAAGUCAAGGCAGGGGCAGAACUUGCUUCUUCGAUGCGCGCAGCAUGCCAAGGCAGCAACCACACAGCGGACUAUGCUAGCUUCGCUCCCCGCGGUGUGAAUCACAUCUGUUUGAACUGAUGCUCAGCUGCCCCUCGAUUUCAAGACAUCCCUUGGGGAACUCAUCUCAAUGGUUAUCCUAAUGCGUGAGGCCUGCUCUCUGGACCGGCGUCGUCUAAGUAUAUACAAGUUCGGCGUGCUCCUGCGGUCGUCUAAAGAGAGAGCGGCGAAUUGGGCUGUGACCUGCAUCUCAUGCGUGGCCGUUGCAGACAAAAUCAGAUGUAAUAUAAUUCGCGCGCACAUCGGGGGGGAACACGAGUGAAACACACCAACAAGUUGCGAAAUAAAGGAUUCAGUCGAGCUCGCGCUUCCUCUUGAAGUUGGGCUACGGCUCGAAGUCGAUCAAGACUAGCCGCCUCACCUCCUCCAACUCUUCACCCUCACACCAGUGUGCGCGUCAUACCGAAUUCGUAAAAUCUUGCGCGGGGCGACAGGACAAUAUUCACCGACGAUCCCCACGUCAAGCACAUGUCCUACAAGAGCUAUGGUAGUCAGAUCAUGCACAGGGCGGUGUCCAACCCGUAGACGAUCUGGUACGGACUAUACACAUCACUCAGAUGAGGAGGCGUGCUUCAAGAGCGCGCUCCGAGAGGGGACAAAACAACUCCUCUGACAAGUUCCACCUCGGCAGUCUCCAUGUCUGCCCUCCAACGAGGGCCUGGAACUGCUGGAGGCAAAUUCGAUCCCCAUGCAGUUUAGACAUCGCCUUUGGUAGCGCACGCCUGCUACUCUUGGGUCGGGCGUGUCAUAGUACAGGCGGAUUUGGCAGCAACAACAACAACAACACCCGACUUAAUGCUACUCUGGAUGGGGCGAUCAUCGCCCCGCUUGGAUCCGCUGGGGGCUGGGCACGUGCUGCCGGAAUGGGUGGAGAGGGGGGCUGGAGGGGAGGGUUGGAGGAAGAGGAGGAGGG